AUGCCGGAGAAACGCAAGCCCGAAUCGGAGUUGAAGCACGGUGAACCAUUUCCCGCGAAACGUGCGCGACAGCAAGUUUCAUAUGAUGAUUUGGAUGACACUCAGAAUUCGAAUCAAGCCGAAGCGACGAGGAGCAACAACAACGUCGAAGAGAACGAGAUCGACGCGUCUGACGGCGAAUAUGGCGAGGCAAAUUGGGUUAAUACAGGGAAGCAUAAUAAUACGACAAAUAAACAAAAUACCCAACGGCGCCACAACCAGCAUCCCCGGGUAGACCCUGUUUUCGGGCAACGGAGCGCCUUUCCUGGUCUCGAUGACGAGGAUUCUGACGAGCUCCUCUACGGUCCUCCGGAAAAUGGAUUAGAAUAUCUGCGCUUAGUUCGGUCUGAGGCGAAAUCGUUACCAGCACUGUUUACCGCGCCGACAAGGCCCGAGCCCGAGCCCGAGCCAGACGACAUCAAUGACAUGGACGAAGUAUUGGAGCAAACCGAAAUCGGUCGCACGUCCCAGAGGCAAGACGAAAUAGAACCAGUCCCGAGCGAACCUGGAUUUAUUUUCAUUGAUGGUGUGGUCAUUGCUACAUCUACCGGAGAGGAGGACAAAGUGGUUGAUGACGAACCAACACGAGACGCCCAAACGUCAUACUAUGACUUAUUGAAGCAUCGCUUCAUCCUCCUUCGAAUGACUUUACGAUGCGCCCCUCCCCCCGCCGCCAUUGCUAGUCUCGACGACGCUCAUCCUAUCACUCUUCCGUACGACGUGAGUGCGGCCCGGACGGCAUGGAGGGAGUUACUGUUCACUUCUGAACCGCAAAUGGCACAGCUAGCAUGCAUGGACAUGGAGACAGUACUUGGAAUCCUCAGGCUUCUAGGUAGCGUUAUGAUCAAGUGUGUAAAGGAUAAUGACUCUUCACAAUUACGUCGUAUUGGGGCAUGGGCAUGGGGUUUAUUGGGCCGGUGUCGAGAUGUUGGCGAAUUGGGCAGUGAAGAGGUCGGCGAGUUGAGGGUCUUUGGGAGAAAAGCGGCCAAUAUCCUGAACAGAUUGAAUAGAAAGAAGCCCCCAUUGAUACGGCAUGCCGUUGCAGAAUAUCAUUCCGACAUCAAGGUAUCCGGCGUCGACGAGGAAACGAUGGAUAUUCAGAAAGAGGAGCCAAGCCAGAUGCAAGAGACUGCAGCAGCAGAAACAGAAGCUGGUGGUCUAAAUGGCGAGUCUGCCAUGCUCACUGUUGAGAAUGUCGAAGCGGAUGAACAACAAGCUAAUACAGACCUCGAAACGGCAAAGUUCCGUCUACGCGCCAGGCUUUUUUCAGAUGAUGAAGAAAUUGAAAUACAGGAAUCUGAAGAGGAGAAAGCUGAAAGAGUGAGAAGAAACACCUCAUCCCCACUUGGAGCAUCACCAAGUGAAGAAAAAGGCGACGAUGAAGCGUGCGAGAGGUAUACUAUCAGCAAAUCUCCGUUGCCACAGGGAGCCGAAGCUGGAAGAGACCAGGCUAGCAUUUUCCUCGAUAUGAUUAUUACGAUCGUGGGAGAAUUUUAUGGACAGAAGGAUCUUUUACAGCAGAGGGAUGUUUGGGAAUGA